CCCAAUAGCACGACAAGAGUGAAGAAACAGUGUUUAUUCCAAGCAGAGGUCAAACCAGGGAGUCAAUCCGUGUAGCAAACAAAUCCAGUAGGAGCAGGCAAAAGGGAAGGUCCAAAGUCACAUUUACAUUUACAGUCCAAACAGGCAGGUCGAUACACGAGCAGGCAGGUUCAGGAUCAGAAUGAGAAGACGCGGGAGAGCUAGGUAACACACUAGACAAUCUGCCAAAGAACUGAGGGAAAUGGACCGGUCCAUAUACUGAGGGGCUGAUUAGCUGAUGAGGAGCAGAAAAGCUCUGAGCAGAUGAAGUUCCAGAUCGGCAGAACCAGAACAGUGGAUUGGUUCUGGUGGUGGACCAUGCGGAGUCCAAGAAGUACGGCAGCAGGAAGACUGUGGCAGCGAGGAUGCUUGCGGUGGUGAACCACGUGGACAAGCUGUAUCGUAGCCUGGGUAUCCGUGUGAUGCUGGUGGGUCUGGAGAUCUGGACCUACGGAGACCAGAUAGAGGUCAGCCCCGAUCCAGACGCCACACUGGAACGCUUCAGGAACUGGCGCCAGCAGACACUGUUACCGAGGACCAAGCAUGACAACGCUCAGUUCAUCACGAAGGUGGAUUUCAUCGGCAAUACCGUAGGCCUGGCGUACACCGGUGUAUUAUGUACCAGCAACUCCGUGGCCGUCAACGAGGAUCAUAACGAUAACGCCAUCGGGGUGGCGACCACCCUCGCCCACGAGAUGGGGCACAACCUGGGCCUGUCUCAUGAUGCUCCAGGCUGCGUCUGCCGGUCCUCCCAGCCCCAGAGCGGCUGCAUCAAGGCCCCGUCACACGGGUAGGGAGAUCACCUGCCUCCUCAGAGCCCUCAGCACCACACGCGACGCCACAAUAAGAGCUACUCCAUCCACGUUCAUCUAUUGUAUAUUUAUUAACAGUCUGCUGGUUUAUUAUCAGAAAAGCACAGACCUUUUGUAACA